UUGGGACUUAUUUUGGAACCCCUGCUGACCUCAUAUACUUCGUCUGUGUCUAGUGCCAGUUUGGAAGAAUUACGACGUACGGCGUUUUUAUGGGUUGACCAGCAUUGUUCCUUAAUUGACCUACGACCAGCGGUAUCAAAUAAGUUGAAAUACUUGUCAAUGAAGACAGACAUUCUUUCCGAUCCGCCAUCAACUUUGCAGGAAGAGGUCGCAAAAGCAGUUUACAACAACAUAGGGCAUCAUCCCAAUUUACAUGGAACUUAAAAUUUACAACACACAAGUGUAGUUAGAAAACUGUUAAGCAUAGUGAUAUA